AUGAUGUUCGGGUCGAUGCCAGGCAUGUUUGACGGCGACUAUGCGAACAUGUCUUUGUUGUUCUGGUGGAAGGUGGUCAGCUCCACCUUCUCUUCCGGGCUUAAGCUCGAGCCGCUCCGCGCUUUCCUGUCUGGGUGGUCAGGAUCCAAGGGUAUUAACUCGACGUCUUCUUCAGGUUUCCAUCUUUCUUUAGGAGAGACCUCUAGAUGGAUUUCCUCGGCUUGGUCCUAG